ACAUAACUUAGCACUAAGUUCUGAGUUAUGCACUCAAGGCGAGCAAGUGAUAAGAUAAGGCCACUUUAAGCGCGAGCCGCCUUCUUUUCGUUCGUUUGGCGUCUAAUUUGUCUCGUAGCGCGACUCGACUCAAAUUCGGCCCUGGCUUGGACUUCUUGAGGGUUGAGCCUGGGGAUUGACACUUGAAUUCUAGGGGACGUCUAGAGUCACAAACAACUGCACAAUGACGAGAUCACGGAUAAUACAGACUUUUGCGAGGCCAUUGGCUCAGCAACCCCGAAAUGCCUUUGCUGGCACCAUUGCGGCCACCCGGACGAGGGCGGAUAUGUUCGUUUCAUUCAUGCCAGCACCUGUUGGCUUAGCAUACCAGGCUAAUUUCAUGCAGCGCAAAGCUGUCUUCGCAGAAUGCGCCUAAGACAAUGCCCGGCGACAGCGACCUUCCCCCUUCUCUAGUCAUGCAGUCUGAGAUCAACUACAUCAAGGGCGAAACCGAUCAAGACCCCGUCCGUCUACCUCGUUCCGUCCAAGCUCUCUACCUACAGCCUCUCCGAAGGCAGGAGACAUACGGUGUGCCCGCCUGCGAUCUACAACUACGAUCAUACAGCAUCCCCAACCUCGAGUUCUUCUGCGACUUCGCUUUGCGGUCCGCCUACUAUCUGGGGCUGCCCGCGUUUGGUCCCGUUCCCUUGCCCAAGAUCACCGAGCGCUGGACAGUACCAAGGUCGCAUUUCAUCUUCAAGAAGAGUCAGGAGAACUUCGAGCGUAUCACCAGGCGAAGACUAAUCCAAAUCCGUGACGGUCACCCUGAGACAGUACAGAUCUGGUUGGCCUUCUUGCAAAAGCACGCGUACUACGGAAUUGGUAUGAAGGCCAACGUCUGGGAGUUUAGCAAGCUUGAUGUCGCUGGUGAGUUGGAAAAGGACGCGAAGUCGAUGCAAGAGCUUGUCGAAUCCAAGAUGGCAGCCCAUUUGGGACGUGACAAGAUUGAGGGUACAGUGAAGAAGGUCCAGGAGUUGUUGGAGAGUGAGAGAUUCAAGAACCAGUUCAACAAGCAGCAGGUCAAGCCGUACUGAGACCACUAUGUAUCUCGCUCAAAUGUAUAAAGACUGUACUUAGAUGUAAAAUAAAGAGGACAUAUCAUGGGGGCUUCUUUUCCCACGGUAACCGAGUCGCUAAGCACAUAUUCUAUGGCUUUAAAGCUUACGGCGUCUACGUCUUCGUCUUCAGAUGAUGUAGUUUUAUACAUCUAGUCUCAACUUG